AGAAUGAGAUGUCAUUAUUUAAUUGUCAAUACAAAGAAAAUUAAUGAGAUCGUUGAAAAUAAUUGAUUUCAAAUGUUAUUAAUUGUUAAAAAACGAAUGUAAAUAUGGCAAAUACUGGUCUAUUGCCAUUUGUGCGAGGAGUAGAUUUUACUUGCAAUGAUUUUAGCGAUGGUAAAUUUCCUGAUGCGAUUCGGUAUAUGACAGGCCUGCAAUGGCUUCGACUCGAUAAAACAAAUUUAACGGAUGUCCCCGAGGAAUUGGGAAAGCUCAUGAAAUUGGAAAACUUAUCGCUGAAGAAAAAUGAUUUAGAGAAACUAUUUGGGGAAUUGACAGAACUGAAAUGCCUGAGGUCAUUAAAUGUAAGGCAUAAUAAGGUAAAAAGUUCUGGGAUUCCUGCUGAGCUAUUUCACUUAGAGGAGUUGACAACACUUGACCUCUCUCACAAUAGACUCAAGGAAGUACCAGAAGGAUUAGAAAAGGCUAAAUCAUUGCUUGUAUUAAAUCUUAGCCACAACAAGAUUGAAAGCAUCCCACCCACAUUAUUUGUGCAAUUAACGGAUCUACUGUUUUUGGAUUUGUCCAAUAAUGUUUUGGAGACUCUGCCCCCUCAGACUAGAAGACUGGUGAACUUGCAAACUCUCAUUCUAAAUGACAACCCACUAGGUCUAUUUCAGUUGAGGCAAUUACCUUCACUACAAAGCUUGGAAACACUGCACAUGCGUAAUACACAGCGCACACUCGCCAACCUGCCUACAUCUCUGGACACCCUAUGUAACUUAUCUGACGUGGACUUGUCAAUGAAUGCCCUCACCAAGGUUCCUGACGCGUUGUAUUCAUUGCAGAACUUGAAGAGGCUUAACCUUAGUGAUAAUGAGAUUAAUGAAGUUUCCUCAGCAAUGGACAUCUGGCAGAAGUUGGAAAGUCUCAAUCUAUCACGUAACAAACUCACUGCAUUGCCAGCAUCAUUAUGUAAAUUGCAAAACUUGAGGAGGCUUCACGUUGAUGAUAAUCAGUUGGACUUUGAGGGAAUACCAUCAGGGAUUGGCAAGCUUGGAGCCCUGGAGGUGUUUUCUGCUGCAAAUAACUUAUUGAAGAUGAUACCGGAGGGACUUUGCAGAUGUGGAUCCCUCAAAAAACUAAAUUUAAGCUGCAAUAAGCUAAUAACAUUGCCAGAUGCGAUACAUUUGCUGAGUGAUUUAGAAAGUCUACAAUUACAUGGCAACCCAGAACUAGUUAUGCCGCCGAAACCUGUGGAGAGGCCGAAGGGUUCUGGCCUUCAGUACUAUAAUGUGGACUUCUCUCUACAAACCCAGUUGCAGUUGGCUGGGGCUGCCACUCCGGAAUUAGCAGCACCAAGUUGCAACGGCAAGUCGGACCCGAUAGCGCGCAAGCUGCGCCUGCGCCGUGGUCGCGCGGAGCCCGAGCAGAAGGACUCCGCGGUGAUCCUGCGCGGCAUGCAGGAGCAGGCCAACACGCAGAACGCGAACGAGCUGCGCGAUCAGCCCAAUAGCGAGCUCAAGCCAAAGCGCUGGGACGAAAGCUUAGAGAAGCCGCCAUUGGACUAUUCGGAGUUCUUUGAUGAGGACACGGGCCAGACGCCAGGCUUACAAGUGUGGGAGAUCGAGAACUUUAUCCCAGCCCCUGUUGACGAAGUAGCGCACGGAAAAUUCUUCGAAGGCGACUGUUACAUCAUUUUGAAAACGUCAAUUGAAGAGCAAGGACAGCUUUCUUGGGAUAUUCAUUUCUGGAUCGGAUCUAAAGCUACGCUGGACAAAGGCGCAUGUGCGGCGAUGCACGCGGUGAACCUGCGCAACUUCCUGGGCGCGAAACGCACGCAACGCCACGAGCAAGCGGACGAGACGCCGGAGUUUUUGGCGUUGUUCCCUUUACCGCCUGUUUAUAUUAAUGGUAGUAGGACACCAUCAGGAUUCUUCACUGUGGAUGAUCCGCACUAUGUAACACGUUUGUACCGUGUUCACGGAGCUGGCAGUAGUAUCCACUUAGAGCCAGUGGCCGUAGAAGCUGCUUCACUCGAUCCGAGAUACGUCUUUGUCCUGGAUACAGGACUGAUUAUAUAUUUAUGGAAUGGCAAAAAAGCCAAGAAUACGCUCAAAUCGAAAGCUCGACUGUUCGCGGAGAAAAUCAACAAAGAAGAAAGGAAGAAUAAGGCUGAAUUAAUUACGGAACCUCCAGGCAAGGAGCCCAGAAGCUUUUGGGAAGUUCUUGGUUACGAUGGAGAUAUGCCGUUUGUUCCUGAGGAGCAUGUGCCUGAGGACUUCAGCUGGCCAGCGCCGAGGCUGUACCGCGUGGAGCUGGGCAUGGGCUACCUGGAGCUGCCACAAGCGGAGGGCGCUCAGCUGGCCCGCGACGUGCUCGCCACGCGCAACGUGUACAUACUGGACGCGCGCACCGACGUGUUCGUGUGGUUCGGCAAGAAGUCGUCCCGCUUGGUUCGCGCGGCGGCGGUGAAGCUGGCGCAGGAGCUGUUCAACAUGGUGCCGCGCCCGCAACACGCGCUCGUCACGCGACUGCAGGAGGGCACAGAGACACAGGUGUUCAAGACAUACUUCCUGGGUUGGGAGGAGGUGAUCGCAGUGGACUUCACACGCACUGCCGAGUCCGUAGCUCGCACCGGAGCCGACCUGGCUGGAUGGGCAAGAAACCAAGAGACCAAAACGGAUCUAUCAGCGUUAUUCACGCCCCGCCAACCGGCGAUGUCAGCGGCUGAAGCAAAAACCCUCGCAGACGAAUGGAACGAAGAUCUAGAAGCAAUGGAAGCUUUCGUUCUAGAAGGAAGGCAUUUUGACCGACUGCCAGACCAAGAACUAGGAGUGUUCUAUAGCCACGAUUGCUACGUGUUUCUCUGCAGAUACGUGGUACCUGCGGUUGAUGAUGAUGAAGAAGAAAUCGAUGAGGAUGUUGAGGCUGAAUCUGCGUCCUGGGUUGUGUACUUCUGGCAAGGAAGGAAGGCUCCCAAUAUGGGCUGGUUGACUUUCACGUUCGGCUUGGAGAGGAAGUUCAAACAGCUUUGUAAGAGACUGGAUGUGGUCAGGACGCAUCAGCAGCAAGAGAGUUUAAAGUUUAUGGCGCAUUUUAAGAGGAGAUUCAUUAUAAGGGAUGGCAAGCGGAACGCGAAAGUGGAGGGCCGACAACCAGUGGAACUAUUUGAGCUCCGUAGCAAUGGGUCCGCGCUGUGUACCCGACUCGUGCAGGUCAAAGCUGAUGCCACACAACUUAACUCGGCUUUCUGCUACAUAUUGAACGUGCCGCUAGAGGGCGCCAAGGAGACGUCGUCGGCGAUCGUGUACGCGUGGAUCGGCGCGCACAGCGACGCGGACUCCGCGAGACUCAUCGAGCUCAUCGCUGAGGAGAAGUUUAAUAGCCCGUGGGUCAGCUUGCAGGUGUUAACAGAAGGCAGCGAACCAGACAACUUCUUCUGGGUGGCGCUGGGCGGCCGCAAGCCGUACGACACCAGCGCUGACUUCCUCAACUACACGCGACUGUUCCGAUGCUCCAAUGAGAAGGGAUACUUUACUGUCUCCGAGAAGUGCACUGAUUUUUGUCAGGACGACCUGGCGGACGACGACAUUAUGAUCCUCGACAACGGCGAGCAAGUGUUCCUGUGGCUUGGUGCUAAAUGUUCUGAGGUUGAGAUCAAACUAGCUUAUAAAUCAGCCCAGGUAUACAUUCAGCACAUGAACACAGUGCAACCAGACAGACAAAGAAAGCUGUUCCUCACACUGAAAGACAAAGAGUCUCGCAGGUUCACCAAGUGCUUCCACGGCUGGGGAGAGCAUAAACGACCUCCGGAAUAAGAAUUAUCAACAGUAUUAAUUAAUGCAUUGAUAUAGUGUUGCCAUUACUAAAUAUUAAAAUUAUGUAGAUGUUUUGUUGGCGCAUCUUUAGUAUUUUUAAAUUGUGUAUGCCUUCAAUACUCUUCCUGUCUGAUAUUACA